UGUUACAUCAUCAAAGAUCUCUCUCUCUCUUUAAACGAUGCCAUUUUGUCUCUACAACUGCCGCUUCUACGUCCACCUAAAAAGCAACAGGACUCUUCUUCUCUGCCCGACCCGUCACGUGCGCUCCCGCUCACUGACCGUUCAGUCAAGUGGCAUCAUUUCCAGCGAUCCAGCCAUGGCAUCGAACUCAGUCCGAGUCGCUGCAGUUCAGAUGACAUCAAUCAACGACCUGGCUGCCAAUUUCGCAACCUGCUCUCGCCUCGUCAAAGAAGCAGUGGCUGCUGGGGCGAAGUUGGUUUGUUUUCCUGAAAGUUUUUCUUUCAUUGCGGCAAAGGAUGGGGAAAGUGUUAAGCUUGCGGAACCUUUGGACGGACCGAUUAUGCAACGGUAUUGCUUGUUGGCUAGGGAGUCGGGCAUUUGGCUGUCACUUGGAGGAUUUCAAGAAAAAGGAUCUGAUGAUGCGCACUUGCGCAACACACAUGUUAUCAUUGAUGACAGUGGGAAUAUUAGAAGCAGUUAUAGUAAAAUACAUUUGUUUGAUGUGGAUGUUCCUGGUGGACGUGUAUACAAGGAAAGCAGCUUUACAGAACCUGGAAAGGAUAUAGUUGCAGUUGACAGUCCUGUUGGACGCCUGGGUUUGUCAGUUUGCUAUGAUCUGAGAUUCCCAGGGUUAUACCAGCAGCUCAGAUUCCAGCAUGAAGCCCAGAUUUUAUUGGUACCUUCUGCUUUUACAACAAUAACUGGUCAGGCACACUGGGAGAUUUUGCUUCGUGCUCGUGCAAUCGAGACUCAAUGCUAUGUAAUAGCUGCUGCCCAAGCUGGAAAGCAUAAUGAAAAAAGAGAAAGCUAUGGUGACACAUUAAUAAUUGAUCCUUGGGGAACUGUUGUUGGUCGAUUGCCUGAUCGCAUUUCAACAGGGAUUACUGUGGCUGAUAUUGAUUUCUCAUUGAUUGAUUCAGUAAGAGCAAAAAUACCAAUUGCCAAGCAAAGGAAGCUCAUCGAGUUCUGGAAAUCUGCAUCUCUAUGAUCGUCCAGUCAAGGAAACCCCAGUGGAUGAACCAGCUACAAGAAAGGAACAACAAUAUAUAUAUAUAUAUAUAUCCCCCAGCCUCCAAGGAAAGGCAUUAUGCCUUCCAUCUGUGCUAUUUUGUCCAGACAAUGUGCCGCCAAGCGUGCAUCAAACUCUUGUUGUGGCAUACGAUUCAAGGAACGAUGAUCUAUAUUCUUACUUCCAUAUCAAGGAUGAUAAGGUCAUUAAAAUAACAUGAAAUUAAGUUCUAAUGUCA